UUGCGAGUGUAUGCGUGUGUCUGCUGGGCAUUAGAGCACGAGCCGGUUCAGGAGUCAGUGAGAGUCGGACAGCGAUAGCGAAUACAACGCGAUACGGUAAGCGAAGUAAAUUCAUUAAUUCUCCUCCCCACGUAUUCUCCAACCCCCCACGUAAUUCUUAAGAAUUGGUGUCAGGUGUGGGGUGCGCGAAGACGAUGGCAGCAUCGUUACAAGACAUUCUGUCGAGUGUGGAGGAGAUCGUGGAGCAGGAAGUGCGCGAAUCGAUCGGACGUGCUAUUAACGCGACCACGAGAACCGUGAUACAACGGGUUCGCGCGGAGCUAGAUCCGGAAUCUAGCGUUAUCGACGGUGAUGAGUUGUUCGGUAACUCUUUGAGGCGAAGUGAUGGACAAUUCCGCAACUCUACGGUAGAUCCGCGCAACACUACCUCUUUCCGUGCGGCGGUUAGUCGCCUGAAUAGAGAGGAUACACCGCUUAUCGAUUUAGCAGGUGAGCCUCGACCCACGCCACCGGAAGCAUGGCGAGAUUGGGUAUUCGAGGAUUGGCCAAAUGGGAACACAGGUCGUGUACCGGAAAGAAAUGAGCCCUCUGGGGCCCCAAGGCGCUCAUCGGCACAUCCCGUUAACUUUGAAGAGCGAGAUGGCCGCCAUCGCAACGAGCAGCGACCUACUUCCGGUGUGCUGAAUAGCUCGCCACGCCUGCGUUUGGCACAAUUCGAUGGGACUACACCCAUAGAGGAAUACCUCACCCAAUUCCACCUAGUGGCCAACAUCCACAACUGGAAUAGCUCUGAGAGAGCGGCGGCGCUCGCUUCCGAACUACGGGGUACGGCACUGAACAUUCUGUCGGGACUAACCACGGAACAAUUGAAUGAUUGUUUCCUACUGGAGAACGCGCUGCGGCGUCGAUUCGGUAGAAGUGAGCAUAAAGACUUGUGCGUAGUGGAAUUCCAAUCGCGAGUGCAGCGUGCGAAGGAACAUUUGAUGGACUUUGCGACCGAUUUGCGUCGUCUAGCGAAUAUUGCGUACGCGGAUUGUCCCCCUUAUGCGCGUGAAAGAUUAUUAGUGCUACAAUUCCGCGUUGGUGUGUGUGAUAUGGAAACAAGACAGGAAUUACGGCGCCUCGAGCCGAGAAAUUUGGAUGCCGCAGUACACCGAGCAUUACUCUAUGAGGCGGAAAAGCGGCUCGAGACUAAUCGGGCGCGGUCGGUUCGAGAGGUCGCUGCCAUCGAUGAGUCUGACAGCAGUGACACGCAGAAAAAUGUAAACACUGUCACCUCUUCCAAUCAAGGGCAACGAAAACGCCAAUUUAAAGGGAAUUGGAGACGCAAUAAUCAGCGUUGGGGUGAGGAAAGACGUACCCAAGAUCGACGCAAUGUACGUGAAGAGGGUGGUACCACUUCCACGGAUUUGUCGCCACAGUUGGAGCCGCCAAAUGCCACCAUAAGUGGGACAACUCAAGAGCCCGCACGGCAGCCACGUGCAUCGGGAAAUAACAGCCAGGAAGUGAGUGCGUCGGGAAACUCGGGGGCACCGAGUCAGAGGAGCUAA